UUUACAAGGAGUUGGAUGAUUUGCCCUGUGAUUGCCGGUAAUCUCUCGGGGGGUAAAUGAUCAAAUGGAGAAGUAAAGUGGGGCAAAAAGAUCCAAUUUCUUGCUUGGAGCGCCACCGGCGACACCAACCGGAGUACCGGACCACGGGCGGCGCGGCAACUACGCAGGCACUGCCGGCCAUCCAAUCGACCGGCGGGGGUGAUUCAAGCGACCACGGGCGCGCGGGAUACGACCGGCGGGGGUGGCCAACGGACUGCCACGAGCGGCGCCAAGACUCCAGCUCGAUCCCCAAGGUGCCGGCCACCAUUCUCUUCUUCGUUCCAGCAUCUCGCCGGAGAACCGUUCCCUCGUCGGCUGCCGGUUACUGAUCUGUCUUCUGCUCCAGUCUGGACUCGGGACAGAGCGGGACUCGGGAUUUUUUCGCUAAUCAACAAAAGGUCCGAAUAUUUUCAGUGUUCCAGUCUGGAUUCGGAUUUGCUUCACCCACUCGGAGUCGGGGUGAGGCCUCGGCCGGCGAUCUAUAAAGAGGCUCUGCUCUGCUCUGUUCCAAUGGAGACCUGUAGCAUAGCCAGGAUAAUCAGAUUGCAAGACCUAGCUUUGUACCGGCACAAGUUGUGCUCUCUAGUCUUCAGACUUUUGCCUCAACUACAAGGUUUCCCGUCAUUGACAGAGACCAAGAUGGCGGCCACCUUGCCGGAGCUGCCGCAGGACAUCUUGAUGGUUAUCUUUGCCGCUCUCGAGAUCCCCGACCUCGUGCGCGCUGGCUCUGUCUGCUCAUCCUGGCACUCCGCAUAUGCCGAGCUACGCACACUUGGGAAGUACAAGCAGGGCCAGACGCCUUGUCUGGUCUAUACCUCUGAAUCUGAUCCUGAUGAUGUUUUGUCCCUCUACAGCCUCGCUGAGAAGAGGUCCUACAAGUUAACUCUGCCGCAACCACCUAUCCGCAGCAGGUAUUUGAUUGGGUCCUCACAUGGCUGGCUAAUCACCGUCGAUGAGAGAUCUGAGAUGCACCUUCUGAAUCCAAUCACCUGUGAACAGAUUGCUCUUCCUUCAGUGACCACCAUUGAGCAUGUGAAGCCCAUAUUCGAUGAGUAUGGUGAUAUCUGCAAGUAUGAGAUGUCAGGGCACACUGGAAUGCGCAACAGUCGUAAUCCACCAUCCAUCUUUGCUCUUGCCGAGUUGAGGGAUAGACUCCAGUGGAAGGCAUUUGUAUUUCCUGAUACAUCCACAGGAAGCUACAUUGUGGUGCUCAUCCACGAUCCACAAUGCCAGCUCUCAUUUGCAAAGGCAGGGGAUGAUAAGUGGACCUGGCUACCGCCUGAUUAUCUCUAUGAUGACUGCACUUAUAAGGAUGGCAUAUUGUAUGCAGUUAAUGUAAAAGGAGAAUUCCACGCAUUCGAUCUUAGUGGCCCUGUGGUCACUGUGAAGAUGGUUAUAAGGGUACCUAAGCAUUAUGUUUGCGAUGGUAGGUACAUUGUUCAAGCUCCAUGGGGCAGUCUGCUACUUGUGUAUAGAAUAGUUGGUGACCAUGAUUUAGAACCUGAGCCUGGUGCAUCUGAAUACUGGAACACUAAGGAGAUUCAAAUAUUUGAGAUUGAUGCUCUUUGGAGUGAAAUUAAGGUGAUCCAUUGCCUGCGUGACCAUGUGUUAUUUCUUGGUCAUAAUCUAUCGCUCUGCCUCAGUGCUGAUGAAUAUCCCGCUCUCAAGGCAAACUGUUCCUAUUUUACCGAUGAUAAUUUUCUAUGGACAGUGGGACAUAAGAACAGUCAUCGUGAUAUGGGAAUUCUUAAAUUGGAUGAUAACAGCAGGGAGGAGCUUGUGUCUCCUCAGCUUUGGUCCAACUGUCCAGCUCCAAUGUGGAUUACUCCUGAUCCUAGAAAGAUCAACGCGAUGGGCUCAAUGAGCCAACAACUGUGAAGUGAACUGCUACAGUCACAAUUAACAUAACGUGCAGUGCAGCAAGGCGGCACUACUCGAGUCUCGAGAGAGAGGUCUUGUCUGUGCUGCAAAAAUGGCCGGUCGAGGGAGUGCUCAACAUCAACAUCCUUUUCUGCUCAGUCUUUUGAUGACGCUGCUGGUGUGGGUAAUCAGAGAUAAUAUAUGCAGGUGUUUUCAGAAAACCAUGGAGAAGACGGAAUCAUCUUGUAGUUACAACAAUGUGACAGUUUUUAUGUUUCAAAUAGUUUGUAAUAGUUUGCUCGAAUACUGUACAUAUUUUCUUCAUAAUUUAUUAUAGUUUGGUGUUGUUAUAGCAAUAUAACAGUGUUGUUUCCUACAAAAAUGGAAAUAAAAUAUAAGAGCUCUCCGUUGUAUCAUUGCACACAAGGAAAUAUUGUUCCCGUUAAUUAUUUUCCACUGUCGUUCA